GUCCAAGUAGUAAUUAUAUCAUCAAGUCGAGCAUGUGCCAUGAAUAUUCUCGGUUUGUGUGUGCGAAAACGAGAUGUCGUAGAGCUGUCGACUAUCUACACGGUCCCUGGACAUCCACGAAAGUAUCCACCACAUCGAUCGAGACGUCCGCGACAUCAGUCGCACCAUCCAUAACGUCAUUCGCCAUUUCUACGAUCGCGAGAUUUCCCACCGCUUUCAAUGCCUCCCAUACUUCGGCGAGCUUUCCCAUAGCUCCGCGCCCUUCGGAUUGUCCUGAUCGAAAUGGAACAACCUAUUACUCGUACCAAACGAGCUUUGAGGUUGGUUGCGACAUCACGCGUGCCGGGGACUUACUAGAUACUGUCUGGACAGAGACAUUCGAGUAUUGCAUGGACUACUGUGACAUUUCAGCAGCGUGUGUGGAUGUCUCUUUCUACCCCUUCGGUGCAUCACUGCGCACAUACCCGACACAGUAUCGCUGCGAGUUGAAGAGCACACUUGGGCCUAGCACCAACGCACCAAAUGUGUGGGCAGCACAAGUGAUUCAAGUGUUUUCAACUUCCGAGACACCACUUCCCUCGUCCACUGGAGUCUCGGGUUUCGUGUCACUUGACGCCUCGUCCACUGCGCUUGUAAUCCCCGAGAAAUCCCUCACUUCGUCUACCCAGCUUCCAAGUUCAGACACACUGGUGGCUGUACCUACCGAGACCCUGGAUAUAGAGUCGGCACUCCCUUCACCGUCACAGCUUCUGAGUUCAGAGGUGUCCCUCACGUCAUUCACUGAGCUUUCAGCUUUUGAGACCCCACUCUCUUCGUCCAUUAGUUCUUCAUACUCAGAGACGACUUCCGCUUUACCUGUUGAAUCUCCAACCUCAGAAACAUCGCCUAGCUCGUCUACUUUCCCUUCAACUACGGAGACAUCGCUCGCAUCACCCAUCAUGCAUCCAACCUCCGCACUCUCCCUCCUCUCACUCAUCGUGAGCACAUCUUCAACAACCCCUCCCACCCUGCCCCAUUUCCCCCUCACCAUCCAAACAACCCCCUCGCCAUCACCUCUCUGCCCAAGCAUCAACGGCGAAACCUACAAACCACCAGACUCCCCCGUCUCCUUCUACAUCCACUGCAACACGACCUUCCACGGCCGGAUCGCCGAAACGUACAAAACGAACACCUUCCACAGCUGCAUCGACAAAUCCGUGGACGAGGCUAAAGAGGGCAGCUGCGUGGGCGUGCGCUAUACGGCAGGCCUGUGUGAGCUGCUGAGUUUCGAGAUGGAGUCUGUGGAGUGGACUGGGGAGCAGCUGAUCGCGGUCGUGGAUUGGAAAGAGAAGCUUUUGCAUCCGACUUCGUCGUCGUCUAGGCCGGCGUUUGUGCUGGAGACGGCGCACGCUGCGGAUGUUGGGGGGAGGGUGGGAGAAAGGGCGGGUGGAGACCGAAACGAAAGGGCGGAAGGCAAUAUCAGGAGGAGCCAUCGAGGAUAAGGGAUAUGAGGAUCUGGGGAUGAGGCGGUGCA